GUAGCGCCACCGUACUUCUCUUUCUGUCUGUGUUUUGUUUUUUUUAGCGUGUAGCCUUUAGCUUUGAGCUUGAUUGUUUAUUAUUUUCUUCUUUAUCCUUCGCUUCAAAUAUGUCAGACAAGGGUGAAGUGGAUCUUACUGGUGCCAAACAGAACACGGGCGUAUGGCUGGUCAAGGUCCCCAAGUAUCUCUCCCAGCAGUGGGCCAAGGCCGCAGGCAGGGGAGAGGUGGGGAAGCUACGGAUCAGCAAAAACCAAGGCAAAGCAGAGGUGGCCUUCACGCUGAACGAGGACCUGACGGCCAUCGAUGGCAGCGGUGAUAAGAGAGUGCACGCUCCCCGGGACCACCCCUUCAGCAUGCAGACCGUGGGAGGCCAGAUGCUAGCGGUCUUCACCGAGACCCCCUCAGAACAUUCGAAAGGCCAAUCAGAAGAGAGGGCUGAGGGUAGCAGCUCUGGGGGGACAUGUCCAGACAAGGUGGCGUUGGAGGGGGUCGUGGUGCAGAGGGCCGAGUGUCGUCCAGCCGUUAACGACAGCUACAUGAAACUCAAACGGAUGCAGCUUGAGGAGUCUAUCAAGCCGUUGCGAUUGUCUCAGCAGUUGGACAAGCCUGUGACCAGCAACUACAAGCCAGUGGCAAACCACGCCUCCAACUUGGAGUAUGACAGGAAGAAGAAGGAGGAAGGGAAAAGGGCGAGGGUCGACAAGCAGCAGGUCCUGGACAUGCUGUUUUCGGCGUUUGAGAAGCACCAGUAUUACAACAUCAAAGAUCUGGUGGACAUCACCAAGCAGCCGGUGACGUACUUGAAGGAGAUCCUGCGGGACAUCGGGAACUACAACGUAAAGGGAACCCACAAGAACACCUGGGAGCUGAGGCCGGAGUACAGACAUUACCAGGCGGAGGAGGAGAAGGUAGAGGAGAGGCUCUAGCUGCAACGGGUUAGAGAUGGACCAAUAGUUUCCCAGUCUCGAGACAGAAGGAUGAGGCCCUCGGUACUGAACUCCUUCCAGCCUCUCGUCUGAAGAUUACACUGGUUCCUCCCACACGCUCAUGUUUUUAGAAAGUGGUUUAUAUUUGUAUUUUCUGUGAUGAGUGGACCUAACCGAGUGGUGUCCUGGUCCCCGCGAAUCAGAACUGCUGGAUGGGUUUUACACAUGUGCUUUCAACAAACCCAGUCGUCUGGGUAGUCCACUCGGUGCAUUGUUUGUAAUGUUGCCAAGUGUUAUUUUGGUCCACUCCGUGUCUGGGCUGCAUCCCAUUUUAAACUUGAAUCAUUUAUACAUUCGAAUUAAAUUUAUUAACAUUAAUUUGCCUCUUAAUGUACAGUAACCCUUGUUUCACAUUAAAGUAACUGCUCAAGAUAUUA